AUGAAUUCCGUCAUCAAAGAACAAUCACUCGCUCUGUUGGAGAAAUAUCCGUGUCUCAGGGAGUUCCAACCCUCUCUGGAACGUCCGUUUUUCAACAUUUCGUUGUGGAACAAUUUCGACAAGUUGGCUUCGAAAGUCAGUCUAGGACACUUUGUUCCCAGCAAGUUCGAAUUCGUGCCUGGUCAGCUUCCAUUGAGUGAGCUUCCCCAGGUUUUGGCUGCUAUAACCACCUAUUAUGUUGUCAUCUUCGGUGGCAGGUACAUCUUGAAAGGUUCAGAACCCUUCAAGCUCAACGCUUGGUUCCAAUUGCAUAACUUAUUUUUGACUACGCUGUCGCUGACAAUUCUGCUCCUGAUGGUUGAACAAUUAGUUCCGCUAAUCGCGAACAAUGGCCUCUACUUUGCAAUUUGCAAUGCAGAUGCAUGGACCCAACCUUUGGUGACCUUGUACUACAUGAACUACGUCACGAAAUUCAUUGAAUUCAUCGAUACUGUAUUCUUGGUUUUGAAACACAAGCAAUUGCGCUUCUUGCACACUUAUCACCACGGUGCCACAGCUUUGUUGUGCUACACUCAGUUGGUCGGCACCACGUCCAUUUCGUGGGUUGUCAUUGCCCUAAACUUGUGGGUCCAUGUGGUCAUGUAUUGGUACUACUUUUUGGCUGCCAGAGGCAUCAGGGUCUGGUGGAAAGAAUGGGUCACCAGAUUCCAAAUUUUGCAGUUCAUUUUGGACAUUGGAUUUAUUUAUUUCGCGGUUUACCAAAAGUUUGCGCAUCUAUAUGCUCCAAGCCUACCUCAUUGUGGUGACUGUGUGGGAUCGACCACGGCUACUUUUUCUGGCUGCGCCAUCAUUUCUUCUUAUUUGUUUUUGUUUGUGGCUUUCUACAUUGAAGUCUACAAACGCAGAGGCACUAAAAAGUCCAGAAUUGUGAAGCGUGUGCGUGGUGGUGUCGCUGCCAAGGUGAACGAAUACGUGAGCGUUGACUUCAAAAAAACCACCACCCCAUCUCCAUCCCCUGCUCGCAAGUAG